CUAAUUAUAUAGUCAUUAGUCGCCUAAGGUUUUGAUAUUGUAUAUAUAGGUUAUAAUCAAUAUUAUGCUUCAUGAACAUUUUUUUAUUAAUGAAAAUUUGAAGUCGAUUGUACAUGAAAAUUAUGCCAAAUAUACAUAAAAUACCAAUGUGUUGUUAUUGAUUAAUCAAUAAUUGUAAUAUUUAAAUUAGAUUUAAUGCAUUCAAUUUAAAAUUCUGUUUGUACAUUUUUUAAUAUAAUACAGUAAAAUGAUCUUCAUGAUGAUUGUUACUGUUAUAGCUAUUGUUACACAAAUUGCUCUUAUAACAAUCUUUAUUGGUGCAGGAGUUUAUUACCUAGCUGAAUUUGUAGAAGAGAAUACUACCCUUACCAAAAAAUGUAUAAAAUGGACAAUCAAUAUAGUUGCACUGUGUCACAUAGGACUGUAUUUUUUUGACAAUAUGCCAUUUAGCGUAGUUGCAUCUGGCCUUGUAAGCCAUGCUCUAUAUUAUUUGAUGCUAUCAGAUUUUCCAUAUUUUAAUUUUACAUCACUUUUAUUCAUAUCAUCUAUAAUAUCAUUAAUCUUAAAUCACGUGCUGGCAUUUAAAUUCUUCCUACAACGUUAUUCAACGUUAUUACAAAUUUUAUCAUAUUUUACUGUUUGUUUAUGGAUGGUGCCUUUUAUGUAUAUAUUAUCGUUAUCAGCUAAUGACAACACGUUACCUACUACAAAUAUGGAUGAUAAUGUGGUUUCACACUACUUCACUAAUCGAAAUCGGAGUUAUAAGCUAAAAGAUAUUUUUAGUUAUUUUGCUGACAUGACUACAAAAAAUGAUCGCCUUAAAUAUUAAAAGUGUUAGUUAAAUGUAAUGUAAAUGUAGGUAGAAUUUUGAAAACGAGGAACAAUGUUUUAAACGUUUAUUAAUAAAACAAUUAUUUUUGGUUAUUAAGUUAUAAUAAAUAAAAGACUGCUAUUUGUAUAA